AUGCCCUUAUCCCGGACUCGGUCCCUAUUCCGAAGUCUGAGCGCGAGUAAUGCAAACGUGCACGCGAACAACCCCAGUACUGGCGAGCCCAGCGAUCAUAAGCAGGGCCGCACCAGCAACAACAGCACCAAGUCCACCGUCCAGGAAGACGGCAAUUCACUCGUUUCCAACUUGGGCUUCACAUUGCCCACCCUCUCUACACUUGCGCACAUCACUACGCGUCGACGAACAAGAGCGAAAUCGACAAGCAAAAGCAAAAGCAAAAGCAGAGAUCGGGCUCCAAGUCAGCUAGACCUCAGCACCACCGAUGGCCAGAGCGAACAUGACCAACACCUCCCCCGACACGCGUGGACUCCGCAGGCCAAUGGCAAAGUCACAGGCGCCCAUGGUUCGAGCUCAGGAAAUGCACCAGCCACACCUACUACUCCUCGUACUAACCAAGAUCCUUCUCCUCCUCCCACUCCCGCCCCAACCGACCCGGACACGCCAACGCCAGCAACUGAACCCACCUCAUUUUCCACGAAGCCGUCUCAGCCAGAUACACCCACCUCCACGACGACGCCUGCGCCAGCGAAGACGGCGACCAUCAACCAUUCUGCUGCCGGUGCUGGCGUUUACAUAGACAGUCCCUCCCUUGAUCCUCCAUCCUCGUCACAUCCUCCCUCUCCCGUCGCCACGAAUCCUCCACUCGUCCUCGUCCAGCGACCCUCCACCCCAAACGUCCCGUCACUUCCAGCUCCGUCAUGUCCUCGAUAUGAGCCUCACGAAGCAAUGCAGAGAAAACUAUGGGUGAAGCGGCCCGGCGCUUCCCCGACCAGAGUAGAGGUCGCCGAGGAUGAUCUGGUCGAUAAUGUUCGCGAUGUCAUUCUGCAAAAAUAUGCCAAUUCACUCGGCCGCAGCAUCGAUGCCCCCGACAUCACGCUGAAAAUCAUCAGUCGCGAACAAGGAAACAAAAAUGUCCCGCUGGAACGUGCCUUGGGCCCCGAAGAACCGAUUGGCGCCACCCUUGAUUCCUACUAUCCCGGCGGACAGACGGUCGACGAAGCUCUCGUCAUCGAAGUGGCAUCUGCCCGGCGGACUCCGCGGCCAUCACCUCGGGGAGGCAACCACCAAAUUUCCUACUACUAUCAGGAUCAAUAUCGACCUCCCGACGAUGCUCGAGAAUACUUUCCUCCCAUGCCCUUGCACUCUCCUCACCUCUCUACUGUAGCGCACCCGGGCGCCGUUCAACAUUCCAUGUCCGUCUUGACUACUGGUCAGCUGCCACCUUUACCCAGUCCCGGAUCACAUGGCAGACGGCACGGCAGACCAAAGUAUGGCAGGCAGCAUACGAGCAGCCCGACCAUUCUACAUACAGUGCAGCCUAAUGGACAGGUCAUAGAGACCAAAUCACAGAUGAAUGGCACCAUUCCCACAGCACCUCCCCUUCCUACUCCUCCGGCACAAGGUGACCACAAACAAUCCAUAACUCCUCCCAAUCGAGGUUCUUCUCCGCAUCCCGGGCAGAAACAAAAACAAAAACAAAGGCGGAAUUUGGUCAGAAAUCGAUCCUCCAAUGGUGAUCCCUCAUCUUCCACCAAACCUGCUUCGGCAGCUCUUCUGGAUGGCACCGUCCCUCCAAUCAAUGUGCUCCUGGUCGAAGACAACGUCAUCAACUUGAAAUUGCUCGAAGCAUUCAUGAAGAGACUCAAGGUCAGAUGGCAAUCGGCCAUGAACGGCAAAGAGGCUGUGACAAUGUGGAGGAAAGGUGGUUUCCACUUGGUCUUGAUGGACAUCCAGCUUCCAGUCAUGAAUGGGUUGGAAGCCACCAAAGAAAUCCGACGACUUGAAGCUGUGAAUGGGAUUGGUGUUUUUGGCGGAAGUCCUAUCGACAACCAUUCUAAGAUCACUCCAACCAACGGUGCUCCGGCAGAGGCUGAUGUUUUGCCUGACCGAAGUCUUUUCAAAAGUCCAGUCAUCAUUGUUGCUUUGACAGCCAGCAGUUUACAAAGUGAUCGACAUGAAGCUUUGGCUGCGGGCUGUAAUGACUUUUUGACAAAGCCGGUCAAUUUUGUAUGGAUGGAACGUAAAGUCACCGAAUGGGGUUGUAUGCAAGCCUUGAUUGAUUUUGAUGGAUGGAGAAAGUGGAAGCAAUACGCCGAGGAAAAGGCAAAAGAAGACCCGGCGAAGAAGGCAGCCGAGGCCAAGGAAGAAAAGGCAAAGGCGAAAGCAGCAUUGACAGCCAUGUUUUCUCGACCGCCGCCCAGCGUCAAAAAGGACAGUUCCGACGGCACUGGAUCAUCGUCGUCGAAUACGGCAAACCGAAGCACGACCCCCUCUCUGAACGGCACGGCAAAGAAAGCCAGCAGUCCAGGUACGACAGGACCACCUCGAGGUCAUAGAAAUAGUCGAAGUACUUCCAAUGGUGGUCGAGGGAGUUUGGAGAGUAUGGCGGAAGAAAAUGGAGCUGGGUCGUGAUAUGUGUGUGUUCACAACGUGUUUUUUAUUUAGUUUAAAGUUAUAUCAACCUCUGAGAAGACGACUCUUUUAAAAUUUAUUUUUAAAUAUCAGAUAAUUUUGUCGUGUUUGGCAAUACGUGUCAAAAGAUUUUCCAAGCGUCGUUCUUCUAAAGGGGUUAUAAGGGUUGAUGGCAUUUCGUUGUGUUUCUCUCCGACC